GUUGUCAUGUGACCCACGUUCAGCCAUCUUGUGGAUACGAAACGAGAGACGCCACUCGCACACAAACUCAGCACUGUCAGUAAAAGCAGAGACUUUCAAGGAAAAUGGCGGAAACCCAGACACUCAACUUCGGGCCAGAAUGGCUCCGUGCUCUGGCUGGUGGGGUGGGCAGCAGCAGUGUGGCCUCCCCUCCGCUCUCGCCCGCAUUGCCAAAGUAUAAACUUGCAGACUAUCGCUACGGGAGAGAAGAGAUGCUAGCACUUUAUGUAAAGGAUAACAUGAUUCCGGUAGAUCUUCAUGAUAAGGAAUUUCUACCUAUUUUACAAGAGGAGCCCCUGCCACCAUUGGCAUUAGUCCCUUUUACAGAGGAGGAACAGAGAAAUUUCUCCAUGUCUGUAAACAGUGCAGCAGUUCUUCGUCUGACAGGAAGGGGUGGAGGGACGGUGGCAGGGGCACCCAGAGGUCGAAGUUCUUCACGAGGACGAGGGAGAGGCAGAGGAGAUGGGUUUUACCAAAGAAGUUUUGAUGAUGUGGAAGGAGGUUUCGGUCGUGGAGGGAGAGAGAUGCAUCGCUCCCAGAGUUGGGAGGAGAGGGGAGACAGAAGGUUUGAAAAGCCAGGUCGAAAAGAUCCAGAUGGAGCACCAGCCCAUUUUCCACUCAAUCACAUAAGGGCAAACUAUGAGGACCCUGGUGCAGUGAGUGCCCGAAAGUUCAUUCAUGCAGAGUGUGACAACUGGCGCACGACUCGAGACGAGCUGAACGGAGAGGAGGAUGAUAAUGGAUGGAGGCUUGCAGGCGCUCGUCGGGAAAAUGAACGAUGGUGUCCUCCAAGUCCAGAUGGUCCACGAUCAGCAGGGUGGCGGGAACACCCAGAUCAACGUCGACGCUUCGGUUUUGGGGAUGAGGAGCGCAGUGGUUACCGUAGGCCUCGGUCGGGCAGCGGGAGCCUAGAGGAGGAGAGAGACAGUUUACCAGAAUGGUGUCUGGAAGAUGCAGAGGAGGAGACGGGGACGUUUGACUCCUCAGGGGCCUUCCUCUCACUUAAGGUGAGGGCGCUGGAAAAAGCUACUAAGGAGCCGAUCCUGGAAGAGGCGGAGCUGGACUUCCGGCCAUUGGAGGAGAAUGACGAAUAUGCAGAAAAGGAUGACAGUGAAACUGAACAAACCAAAGAUACUGAAACAAAUACUAGGCAUGAAAGUGAUCGAAAUGGAGAAAGCAGUAAAUCAGAAGAGCCAUCGCCAGUUACGGUACCAUUUUCAGCAGUGGUAACGCCUCCCAAGGCCACCACCCCUGCACCCAUUCAGCCUGUACACCCAGAAAAAGCUGAAGAUAAGGAGAGAACGUCAGAGAGAACAACAUUACCAGAAAUCAGACCUGAACUGAGUAAAGCAGCACUACACGCAACCCUAUCAAACAGCAUUGUGGAUGCCAUUUCCGUACCGCAUGUCACAAACACACUCCCAGAUCUUCCGGUCCCAGCACCUUCAGUUCUGCCUGUUAAGUCAGUGCCCACUCAAUCCCAGCAGGUCAAGCCUAUGCCAGUGUCUGUUCCUCCUGCUCUGCCACACUCCACGGGCAUUGUGGGUCCUAUCAGCCGACCCUCUGCCCUGCCAUCGGACUUGGAUGAGGAUGAGGGACUCAAGCACUUUGAGCAGGAAGCUGAGAAAAUGGUGGCGUACCUCCAGGAUGGUGGUGUAGAUGAUGAGCGUUUGGCCUCUAAAAUUGGUCCCAAACCAUCAGCUCUUCCAAUCACGCAUGAGGCUGCAUUCAAAUGGUUUUACAAAGAUCCACAGGGGGAAAUCCAAGGACCAUUUAAUAAUCAGGAGAUGUCUGAGUGGUUUCAGGCGGGCUAUUUCACCAUGACCCUGCAGGUGAAGCGAGGAUGUGACGAGACGUUCCAGCCUCUGGGCGAAAUGAUUAAGUUGUGGGGACGAGUGCCCUUUACACCUGGCCCUCCACUACCUCCCAUACUGGGAGAUGCAGAUCAAGAGAGGAUGAAGAGGCAACAGGAGAUUAACGCUCUAAAUAUGUAUCAGCUACAGCAGAUGCAGUAUCAGUAUUUACUCAGGCAACAAUAUGCUCUGCAGCAGAAAGUGUUAAACUCUGCUCCUCCUCCACCACCACCACCACAGCAGCAGCUCAAUCUUCUCCUCCAUCAGGCGCUUAAGAUCAGAACGCCGGAGCCGCAGCAGAGCCUCUUACCUCCCGUCACACGCUCCAUGUCGGUUCCAGACUCGGGUUCUGUUUGGGAAAUGCAGAACCCGUCCACUCAGGCAUCCUGUUCUCCAAACAUGCAGCCCGCCGCUCCCAGCACUUGGGAAGGGAGUAGCGUAUGGGAUCUGCCACUAGACAAUAUGCCUCAAGCGUCUUCCAUUGAACAGCUGCAGCUGGAGAAAGCCAAAGCUUUGAAGCUGGAGAUGGAGAGACGGGAGGCAGAGCUUCGGGCCAAAAGGGAAGAAGAGGAGAGGAAGCGUUUGGAAGAGGCUCUUCGUGCGAGACAAGAGGAAGAGAGGAAGCGUUUAGAGGAAGAAGAGCUGGCACGACGCAAGCAGGAGGAGGCUCUGAAGAGACAGCGGGAGCAGGAGGAGGCGCAGCGGCGGAAAAAAGAGGAGGAGGAACGGUUGGCUCAGGAGGAGGCUCUCCGGCAACUGGAAGAGCGGAGGAGAGAAGAAGAGGAGAGGAGACAAAGGGAAGAAUUCAUCCGCAAACAACAGGAAGAGGAGCGGAGAAAGCAGGAAGAACUGGAAGCUCAGAGGCGGCGUGAGGAAGAGAAGAGGCUGGAGGAGGAGGCUGCGGCCGCUGCAGCCGCACUGCUCAGACAACAGCAGGAGGAGCAGAAGAAGAGAGAGCAGGAGGCGCAGAGACAGCAGGAACUGCAAAGACAGAGACAGCAGCAGCAGGAGGCGCUCCGACGACUCCAGCAGCAGCAGCAACAACAGCAGCUCGCCCAGAUGAAGCUACCUUCAUCCUCGAAGUGGGGUCAGCAGUCGACCACAGCAAACAGUCUCUCACAGUCUCAAAACGCCCUUUCGCUCGCUGAGAUCCAGAAACUGGAAGAGGAGAGAGAACGACAGACUCGAGAAGAGCAGAGACGUCAGCAGCAGGAGCUCCAGCGGGUUCAGCAGCAGCAACCUCAGACCAAGCUGCCCGGCUGGGGCAGUGUGGCCAAGCAGCCCAUGGCCACUAAAUCCCUGCUGGAGAUCCAGAGAGAGGAAGCACAGCAGAUGAAGCAGCGUAAAGAUCAGCAGCAGCAGCAACAGCAGCAGCAGCAACAACAACAACAACAGCAACAGCAGCAGCAGCAGCAACAACCACCACCUCCUCAGCCUCAGCAACACUCAACCAUUACCCAGCAGAACCGCACACAGAACCGAGCGGCCAUCAAUACGUCAGUGUGGGGUUCUGUCAAUAAUGUGAGCUCUAACUGGAUGAUGGACAGCAGUGUGUGGGGCGACACGCAGAACUCUAAUAUUGGCUUUUGGGAUGAAGCAGUAAAGGAGGCCGCUCCACCUCAGACCACACGCAAAAGCCACACUCCGAAAAACAAGGGCAACGCUAACCUCAGUAAUAGCAGCAGCGGUAAAGCCAGUAAAAAGGUGGAAGAGGAGGAGAAGCUACUGAAACUGUUCCAGGGAGCCAAUAAGAAUCAGGACGGCUUUAUGCAGUGGUGUGAACAGACCCUGCACACACUCAACACAGCCAAUAACCUUGAUGUUCCCACUUUUGCAUCGUUCCUGAAGGAAGUGGACUCUCCGUACGAGGUGCACGAUUAUGUACGAGCUUAUCUGGGUGACACUCCACAGGCCAAGGACUUCGCCAAGCAGUUCCUGGAGCGCCGUGCCAAACAGAACGACAACCAGCAGAAACCUCAGCAGGGACAGCAGCAAAAACAGCAGCAGGAGUCGGUGUGGGGAAUAAGAGAAGUGUCACAGUCAGUCCUGCUUCAACAACAACAACAAUUACAGCAGCAACAGCAGCGGUUUGAAACGGUCACUUCCGGCAAGAAGAAGAAGAAACAGAAGAUGGUACGAGCCGACCCAAGCCUUCUAGGUUUUUCUGUCAAUGCCUCCUCUGAGAGACUCAAUAUGGGCGAGAUCGAGACGGUUGAAGACUUUUGAGAGCUGCUGAUCUUCAGGCUCCCUCUACUGACUGUUUUCCUGCUCAACAGCUGCCCUCAGAUUCCCCUCACUACUUUUUUCUCAUUUUUUUCCUCUCCUUUUUUUUUUAAUCCUCAAUUCUAUGACUUGGAAGCUAUUCAGGGCAGCAAGUUUUUCUUCCUCCCUAAUCCAGAGGAAACCCCAGUUGCAAUAACAACGCUGCCCCACAGCCAUGAAAAUAUCCCCAAAAUAAAAAUAAGAAAGAGCGAGGCCUGCUUCAGCAGGAGAGGAGAUUCUGCUCGACAUCAUGCUCACGAUCAUCUCAGACCCAUGUUUCUUUAAGUGUCAAUAUAUACGGAGUGCGGAGGAAACGUAUUAUGUAUGAUCCCUAUCACAACUUCCUUCAUUAUUUUUUUUUUAUUUAUUGGUUCCUGCCCUCACUCUUUUAGCAUUUUCCGUUUUCUUCCCUCCUCUCCCGCUUUGCUGCCCUGGACGUCAACAAAACAAAAUAAGACUCGAAGAAAUGUCAUAUGAACACGGUCCUGUUUUAAGGACAUGUUUGAAAGUUCCAGACAGUUAUUCAUUUCUUUGUAAAAUAUUAGGCUGUUUAAAGAAUAAACUUUCGAUUCUGCAUCUGUAUUAUAAUAUAUGGAAA